GUUUUUAUUUCUUUACAGAUUUCACUCGCACGAAUCCUUCUGUGCGCUCUGAAGUCGGUUUGUCACUUGGAGAUCGUCAUUUAAGAAAAAAACUCUCAAGAUGUUUAUCUACCUGUUGGCCCUCGUUGUUAUCUUAUCUAUGGCCUACUACAAACGCUUUUGUUACAGAAGAAGGCGGAAGGGUGAACCCCCAAUUGUCCCCGGUCACAUGAUAUGGGGAAACGGUGAGCAGUUCAAGAACGAUGCCAUUAAAUUCUUACACGAUAGCCAAAAGAACCAUGGCGACAUUUUCACUAUCCGAUUCUUUCAUCAGCGGUUGACGAUCAUCGCCGACCCGCACAGCGUGGAGGCUAUGAGCCGUGAAAAGUGUUUCGAUUUCGACCCGAUCCAGAAGCAGGUUAACAUGAACGUCUUCAGUUUCGUCCUUGUCAAUGCCCGUAAAAUGAUCAAGGAGGCUGGAAAACGCGUCCGGGGUUCUCACUUGGUCACAGAAAUGCGACGGUAUGCGGUCCAUUUAGACGAGGCCUUUAACAAAGUCUCGCAGGGUAACAACAACAAGAACAACGGCUGCAUUAAGAAUGAUGAAGAUAGCAACAACAACACUGACAAAAGCAAUGCUCUUGUCAACAACAACAACAACAACAACGAUGCCAAGAGCCACUGUCAGGAAACUGACGGACUCAGAAAGUUCGUUUCCAAAACGAAUUUCGCAGCCAUGUUUUACACGAUUUUCGGUCGCAGUGACGAUCAGGUUUUUGAACCGCAAACCGUCUAUCAUUGUUUCGAUGUAUUCCACCGUUAUUUCAACUACCUCUGGCUUGGCUUGCCCAUCAAACUAUUUCCAAAAGCCAUCGAAGCCCUCACCGUUCUCUGCAAACAACCGUCUUCCAAGAAAAUUCUCGCCCGUGAAGAUUUAUCCGACUAUAUACGCUACUCUACUGAAUUUAUGCUUGCUCAUGGCCAAUCAGAACAAGAUAUUAUGGGUCACAACUUGGUCUAUUUACACGUCAACUACAACACAUUUCGUCUGUCUUUCUGGAAUAUGUAUUUCCUGCUAAGCCACAGAGAAGCUUACGAUGCACUUAAAAACGAAGUUUCCGGUAUGAUUCGCAAAAAAAUGGAGUCACGUGCUAGUGACGAAACUGGGCCUGUUGUCUUCAGCAUUAAAGAAAUCGAAGAAAUGCCAGUUCUCGACAGCAUCAACAGCGAGACCUUACGAUUGUGCAGUGGAGUUUUCAUGGUACGUUACGUCAACGAGGACUGCAAUUUCAAAAUGAACAACGGUCAAACGUUUCUUGUCCGAAAAGGUGACAGAGUCGCUGUUUAUCCACCAGCCAUUCAUAAAGACCCUGAAAUCUUUGAAGAUCCUAUGGAUUACAAAUAUGACCGCUUUGUCGAUCAGAAGUUCUACAAGAAUGGUAAACAGCUGAAGAAUCCAAUUAUGACCUUUGGCACACUCUGCCCUGGCAAGCGUUACGCAAUUCUCCAAGCCAAGUGGUACCUCGUAAGCCAAAUAAACAAAUUUGAAAUGUACAUUUGUAAUGGACAGACGGCCGAACUUGAUAUCAGCUACCAUGGACACGAAAUCCUUCCACCAGUCAAAGACAUAGAUAUCCAGUUCCGAUGUCGCGAAAAUUACCAAGAGAUUACUAUGCACUAACCAAAAAAAAAAAAAAAAAAAUUGCAGGAACCAGAAAACAAACAAAACCACCCCCAAAUUAAAAAAAAAAAACACACAUACACAAGACAAAAAAAAAAUACUAAAUCAAAAAAAAAAACAAUGAGAGGAAAUAAUAAAGGAAAAUAAAGACGAUGAGAAACAAAAACUUUGAGAGAAAGAGAGAGAGAGAGAGAGGAAGGAAAGAAAAGGAUAAAAGAAUUGAACUUGAUACAAUUUGAUAGGUGAUCGAAGAUGGGGCGGGGAAGGAGGAAUAGAGGGGAAACUUUUUUUUUUUGUGAAGAGAAAAAGGAAAAUUGAAGACAUUUUGAUCCAUCCAUUAUUUUUUAUCAUGCAAUCAGUCUUGCAUAUCGAUGCUUUCUAUCGAUCUUUCUAUCUACCAUCCGUUUCUAUUUAUCUAUAUCGCCCUCUCUUAUCUUUAUCUAGCUAUCCCGACUGACAACCUAUAUAUAUAUAUAUCUACUCUGUUCGUUAAUCCACGUUAAUCCAUCCAUCCAUUCAUUUCUCUGGUCAUUAUCGUUAGAUGCACGUGUGUAUACACACACACAAACAUAACAUACACCCUUCCACAUAGCUGUAUUUUUUUUUCAUACUCUGAUUGGUGCAUCCAUCCGCUCGCCAUUUAUCCAUCCAAUAUAUCUCCCCAUAUAAAAUGGCAAAUCUAAACAGCUAUGUCCCUAUAUUUAUUUAAACGUAAUCUUAACAAAAGGUUCUUAAUUUUUACACUAUUUAAUUUCUAUACAUUUUUUAAAAAGAAAUAAUUAAUUUUACAAGCGCAUAUACCAUAUUUAUUAAAUAACAUUUUUUACAGAAAUGAGCCAGACGGCUAAUUUUCUAUACUAUUUUAUUUUAAUUAUUUAUUUUUAUUUUGAAGACUCGAAUGUCUAUAAAGAGGGGGGAAAUCUGUGACAGAGUUUCAAUUCUUCACAUGACGAGUUCAUCGGGAGACAAAAACGAUAGUUAUAUUUAUAUCAAAAUCAAACGAUAAUAUAUAAUAAUUUGAUAUCUACAAGUAAAUUAUAAUUACAUAUCUAUUUUUAUGUGAUAAAUUACUAUUAUUAUAAUUAUAUUAUUAUUAUUAUUAUUUACUAUUUUCAAAUCCUACAGGGAUUUUGAAAAUCAUAUUUAAUUCAUACACAGAUUAACUAUAGAUGUGUGUAUGCAUAUAUAUAUAUAUAUAUAUAUAUAUAUAUAUAUAUAUAUAUAUAUAUAUAUAUAUAUUGUGGGAACCGAACCCUUUGAAAGGAAAUCGAUUAUUAUUAUUAUUAUUAUCGUAUGAGACCAGUAUGAUUUUUACUUGUGUGGGUGAAAUGCUAACCCACACUACUUUUAAGGAAAGCUAUUAGUACCGUCCUAAAAUAUAGACGCUUUGUAUUUGUGGGAGCGUAUUUACAUAUAUAUAUAUCUAUAUAUUAUACAUUAUAUUUAUGUGUGUGUGUGUGUGCUGAAGGGUCCCGAAAACUUCAUAUCUCCUCAAAAUCUUUACAUUCAUCCCACUAUUUAUAUAUAUAUACGAUAAUUUCCAUUAUUAAAUUUUUUUUUUGUUUUCAUCCGCCAAUAACUCCACCCCAUCCUUCUCUUGUCUGUCUGUUUUCCACCAGUUAUUUUUGAUUCAUUCAGCAGCCAUUUUAUUUAUUUUUUAUAUAGAUUUUCUUUUAAUAUUUGUUAAACUUUUUUAGCGAAUAUUUUUUUUUCUAUUUAAAAAAAAAUUGGGGGGGGGGGCUCGGCCAGCUUUUGUUUGUGCGGAGCUUUUAAGAACCGCAUUAUAUUUAAUAUACACUCAGACAGACAGCACAAUGUCUCUCUUGCAUGUAUGUAUAAUAUAUAAUAUAUAUAUAUAUAUAUAUAUACAUAUAUAUAUAUAUACACAUGCAGUAGUAAUUUGAAUUAUCACGGCUGAGUUUCAAGUUGGUUUGGGGGCGGGGUGUAUUUAUAGAGUUUUUAAAUUGUGUGUAAUUUACAGGAAUGGAGCAUCAGGAGUUGUGAACCUAUUAUCUGAUGCUGGAAU